UCCGGAAUUUUCAAUGGUAGAAAGUAAUACGGGUUAAGACGAGGACAUGGAUAAAAUACUAGAAGUUUACCAUCAAACACUGCUGAUCUGUCUGAAGCAAAACCAAUUUGCUGGGAUAUCCGCUACAGCUGCUGCUAUACUAUCAUGUACAUUCCGGAACUUCGCGAGCAAUGAAAAAGAGAGAGGAAAAUCUCAGUCCGUGUCUCGCAACUUCAGUAGAAGAAAAAAAAGAACCCGCAAUUUGAAACCCCACCAACAUGCCCGUAUUGCGCCAAAACUCACACCCGGUUCCGGUUGUUGAUCAAUCAGUCAAUCAAUGAAAGCCAUGACGUUGCUAACAUCAAGAUGGAGAGAUAAUGAGGAUUGUAGAACAAAUUAAAUUGUUCGUGCCGAGACAUCCUGCAUCAGAGGUG